AUGGAAAAAUUGAAUGCCCUGGUGGCUUAUACCUGGGAUGAGUCGAGGCAAUAUCGCUCAAGCUAUGGCGUAUGGCACGUAUUUGGUACCAAGCACCUCGAUACCCUUCGUUCGGAUGAUACUCAUCCCGGUCGCCUCCGAAAUGUGUCCUCUCCCGGCGAUCUGAGCAGUACAUCUGCCCCAUAUGGUCUAGGAAGGGAUGGCGACGUCGAGGACCAGCGCAGAGGAGCAGGAAAAACGAUCGAAGUGGUGGCGCGCAUUGGUGAGAAUCGGGUCCAGGAAGAAAGAAUGCAAGAGGAGUAUCAGAUGCUGGCAUCUGUUGCCGCUCCUCACCGCGAAUAUUUUCUGCGGCCCGUAGAGAUGCAGCGCAUACCCAAUCUCGAUGAUGACCACAUGUCAUCGCUCCUGAUCUGCAUUUACGAAGAUCCCGGUCCCAAUGAUCUUCUGCGCUACGUCGAUUGCGGCGCGACCUGGUAUCAGUUGCGCCCUGAAGAAGCGAGUCACAACGAGACCCAUGACACGGACUCGCGUCGAUCCGAUCAGGACGAGCUUAUGCCCUUGUCAACAUUUGUGGAAUUUGCCAUAGGUGCGGCAGAGUGUACACAAAUACUGCAUAGCCAGGAGAUUGUCCAUGGGCAGAUUCGGGGAGAGGCAUUUCAUUUCAACCAGGAGACCGGUCGCGUGCGCUUGAUCCAUCUCGGAGCGAGUCUCCAGUCCUACGGUACUAGACGGGUGAGUGCCGACUGGUCAGCCUUGGAGAACCAGAACGAUGCCACGGUGCAUAUGUCCUAUUUGAGUCCCGAGCAAACUGGCCGGACGCUGAUCCAAGCUGACAGUCGCGCCGAUAUCUACUCCGUUGGUAUCGUCCUCUGGAACGCUCUCGUCCGCCAGACUCCGUUCGGGAGCAAGUCUCCCAUGGCAAUCAUCAAGGAGGUGCUUGGACAGGAGCUACCAUCAGUACUAACCUUCCGAUCCGACGUGCCAGAGGUCUUUGCACGAAUCAUCGCCAAGGCGACGGCAAAGAGUGUCUCGGAACGAUACAACUCUGCCCGUGGUCUGCGACACGACCUUGUGGAGGUACGGGAAUUGCUAGCAGCGGGAGAUGCGGCAGUCCUGAAGAGCUGGGAAGUCGCCGGCAAGGAUGUUUCCCCGUUUUUCGGACUCCCACGCACGAUGGUGGGUCGGGCAGUCGAGCGGGAUGCAAUUGUCGAGGUCCUGGAUCGUACUCUGAGAUUGUAUCAGAGAGGCAGAGAUCUUCACUUGUCGUCACUGCCGGAGGACCAAUUUGCAACGUUUACCGUCCCUCCGUCACCCGGAAAUACUCCCGGGGAAGGGGUAGCCAAUGAUUUGGCCGAUGAACUUCCCAGCUUCCCCAGUUCCAUGAGCGAGACAUCCGCUGCGGUCACCCAAUCAUAUCUAGCUAAUACGAGCCGCAUGCGCUCCCCCAGUGAUUCGGUCUGCACCUCAAGCGAUGGUAGUGAGUCCGAUCCUGCCCUCCUAGAGAGGAAGGGACUAGAGAAGCGAUUGUCAACCUCCUCAAUCGACAGCUCCAGUGGCGAAGGUAGCACCCGAUCAAGUGACAAUGCAGGAAGGGCAAGUUCUCAUGGCAUAGCGGGGCCGAAAGGUUUAUGCGAGAUCAUCAGCAUUGAGGGAGGGGCUGGUUUGGGCAAGUCUCGGCUGAUCGCGUCGGUUCAGAGUGAAGCCCGGCGAAAAGGCUUCUUUGCCAGCGCUCGAUUCGAUGUCUCAGACAAAGAGCGGAUGCGUCCUGUUUUAGACUUGUUUUCCAGUCUGUUCCAACAGGCAUUCUCGGAAAAUAUGAAUGAGCCUAGUUUCCUGCCAAUGUUGCGAAAUCACAUUGGAUCUACAUGGAACACUCUGCAUGAGAUCUUAGGCCUGCCCAGAUUUCUUCUCGGUUCGGGCUCCAACUUGCCAGAACAGGUGCCGAACAAGUAUGCUCAUACGAAUCUCGUAUUACCCACCCGCCGUUCAUCACCCGAGAAUGCUGGUACGAAGAGUUCUCGGGAAUUUCUCCGGACUGGAUCCUCUACCAAGUCUUUACCACUUGCACGGACAUUACUGAACAUUCUGCGGGUUUUCACGCGUUAUAAGUUGGUUUGUCUCUGCCUGGAUGACGUUCACCUAGCGGAUGAAGAAUCGUUGGAAUUCAUCACCCAGAUGAUGUCUGCUCGAAUCAGAAUGGUGGUGAUACUGGCGUCUCGACCCGAAACUGCUUCCUCGGAUCUGAUGAAGCGGAUAUCUCAUAACAGUGAAGUUCUGACUGGAAGGGAUGUAGCCAUUACUACCAUCCCACUCAAUUCGCUCAGUGAAGACUACGUGAUGCAAUAUGUAGCAGAUACUUUGUCUUUGUCUGUCCCUGUUAUCUGGCCCCUGGGGGCAUUCAUUCAAUCAAGGACUAAUGGGAACCCCUUUUACGUCCGUGAGAUUUUGACUGAUUGUCACAAACAUGGAUUCAUCUGCUAUGAUUUCCAUGAAGGGCUCUGGAUAUUUGAUCUUAGGCGUAUCUCGGAGCAUUUCAAGGCGGACAGCUACGACGACGCCGCGUUCGAUGAUUUCUUAGGCAGGCGCUUAAGUAGUCUUUCGCCUAUCUGCAAGUCCAUCUUGGCCUGGGCAUCCGUUUUAGGCAUGACCUUCUCGUUCCAAUUGGUCCAAAGGCUUCUCGCAACCGAUCGGUCGACUUCCGAUUCUGGCUUGCCUGAGCGAGAAGUGUAUCAAGGUCUGCAGACGAUCAUUCAAGCCCACGUGAUUGUGCCCACAAAGGAACAUGACGUAUUUGCCUUCACCUAUAGCCAUUACAUGCAUUUCGCAGCGUCAUUCCACACGAGAGACAAAGAUCAUGUGAAUUUCAUAAUAGCACAAGUGCUGUUUCAAUAUCAUAUUCAUGACGACAAAUAUCGCAGCAUGUUGGCAUCGGCGGUUAUCGAAUCAGCACCGAUCAUCAAAGGCUACGUUGCAACAAGAAAGCCCUUCAGGAACUUCCUGAUCGAGUACGCAAACGCUGCAAGUAAGACUGGACUACGCUCGACUGCUAUAAACUCGUACGCGAGCUGCAUCGUACUGCUCCAAGACGACAUAUGGAAAGACGACAUUGUGGAUGUGAGCUACGGUGAGACUUUGCAAUUAUUCACGUCUGCUGCUGAAUGCUACCUGUUUCAAGGACAGCAUGACGAAGCUAGCCACUUAUUGCAUGCUAUACUCUCCAAUGCUCGGAAUCCAGUGGACAAGGCUCCCGCCUGGAUUUUGCAAUCUCGAAUGCUUGCACAAUUGGGUGACUCUACUGGUGCUUUCAAUUCCUUGAGGGAAUGCCUCAUGGCUCUAGACAUCACGAUUGAUGAAGAUCCGACGUUUCCUAAAUGUGACAAAGAACUUCGACGGCUAUGCGAGGCCGUUUCCGCUGUUCAACCUGAAGCCGUUUUCGAGACGGACCUUCUUGAGCAUCCCGCCUUGGCUGCUGCUGGGGCGGUUCUCCUGGAGGCUACUAGCGCGGCUUUCUGGUCAGACACGCUGACCUUCUACCAUAUGACACUUGUCAUGGUUGACGCCUACCUCUCGCGUGGUCCUUUUCCCCAGGCAGGCUUGGGACUUAUGCAGUUGGCUAUGCUAGCAAUCACUCGAGACAACGCGUUCGGAUUCGCAAAACACUGUGGGGAACUGGCCCUGGCACUGAUUGAACAGUCCAAAGACCCACAUACUGUAGGACGUGGCAUUGGUCUAUACUCCACUUUUGUCGGCCAUAUUCAACAUCAUGUCCAGUCUUCAAUAUUGCAACUAGAAGGGGCAGUGGAUUCCUCUAUCCGUGCUGGUGACCGAAUUGCCACCAUCUUGAACUCCGGAUUCUUGGCUACGAUGAAGUUCUUUGCCUCCGAAAACCUGGCCGAGCUGGAGACCUUUUGCGUCGACAGCUGUCUGGAUAUCCCCUCCUGGCAGACAGAUACUGCCGGCGGUACGAUCCUGAUCACAAUUUGCCAGCUCAGUCGUGCUUUGCAAGGGAAAACAUAUACACAUGACCCGUUCAGGGUCAUGAGUGACAAAGAACACAAUUCGGCUGCAUAUAAGUCUUGGCUAGUGACAACCAUCAACAAUAGCGAUCGGCCGCUAAUGCUCUAUGAGAGCAUGGAGAUCGCACCGUUAUAUCUGUACGGCCACUAUGAGCGAGCAGUAGCACUGGGGAAUUCUUGUCUCAAAAAGAUCAACGCCAUUUGGUCCGCACGAACAACACGAUUUCUCAUGUUCUUCCAUUCCCUUGCCCUAGCCGGAUGUGUUUGGACCCGGAAGCAGCAACAACUCAAUCCCGCAUACCGUGCAUGCUCCCCCCAGCUUGCGUCCGACGUCCAUGGGCGAUCUUUCGAGACGUUUUUCGAGGAAGAGAUGACAGGCCUAGCAAGGAUGUUGCGAUAUUUUAAGCGCAAGAUUGAACAGUGGCAGGUCAUCACAGACGUGAACUAUCUGGCAUGGACUAAACUUCUGGGCGCUCAAAUCGCCGAGAUGGAGGGUGACCAAAGCGCUGCUCUUCGUUACUAUCAAGAGGCAAUAGACCACGCUUCAAAGCAUGGAUUUGGUUUCGAAGAAGCCCUUGGCCAUCAUUUGUUAGCUGGACAUCUGAUGCGUGAAGGCUCUUCACUAUUAGGCACAUUGACUCUGAAGGAGGCAGCUGGCCUCUACCGACGAAUCGGGGCUACGGGAGUGGCUGAUUAUAUCCUGAAUUCCCAUGAUCUGGAGCAGCAGAAGAAAAUGAUGACACGAGAAGCCGCUACUCAAACUGAAUCAAACGACAAUAUUACACGGAGUGGCCCUCAGGUGUCCGACCCUCGGAUUGACGAAACACCGAACACGGGAGGGUUCAUGGUAGAGCCUGACCUCCAUAUUCUUGAUCUCACCUCCAUCCUCGAAGGAUCGCAAGUGAUAUCUAGCGUUUUAAGGGUUGAUGAGCUGCUCCGGACAAUGUGCAAAAUCAUCAUGCAGAGUUGCCAUGGUGUUGCUACUAUGGCGGCCAUUAUUACCAAGGAGGACUUGACAAAUGGGUGGGCCGUGGCAGCCAGUGGCGACGCUGCUGGCACCAUAAAAGUACAUGAUCCCCCGACACCGGUUGAACAAUCCCAUCUUGUCGCGAACAGCAUUGUGAAUUACUGCGUUCGCUUUCGCGAGUCUGCGUAUUUACCGGAUGUAUUGCAGGAUCCACGAUUCAGCAACGUUGGUGAAGCGUGGGCAGCUCACAAUCCCGUUAAUAAAUCCGUCGUGGCAUUGCCCAUCUCUUACGGUGGCGAAGAGAAUGAGCCCAUCGCUGUUCUGUAUCUGGAAGGACCGCCCAACGCCUUCUCGUAUCGCAAUCGCGUCGUUUUACAGUUGCUCGUCGUCCAACUCGGAAUCAGCUAUUCCAAUGCACUGACCCUCAGGGAAGUCGAACGGGUAUCCACCAUCAACCAAUCCAUGGUAGAAGUUCAGAAGGAGGCAUUGGCGGAAGCGAUGAAGGCCGAGCAAAAGGCGAACAUUGCUACCGCGGAGGCUCUGCGUCAUGCUCAGCUAGCCGAAGAGGCCGCCAAGGCCAAAAGCAUAUUUCUCGCCAAUAUAUCCCAUGAGCUACGAACGCCACUCAAUGGUGUUAUUGGCAACUCGGAGCUUCUGCUUGGCAGUCCACUAUCGGAGCAGCAACUGGAAAUAGCAGAUUCGAUUCGAAUUUCAGGGAAUCUUCUGCUUACCGUGAUCAAUGACAUCCUCGACUUCUCCAGAAUUGAAACGAACAAAAUGCAGUUGCAUAUCGUCUCCUUUGAUGUCGAAAAACUGGUCAGGGAGGUCGUUCGAUCAAUGCCGGCUGUCGGUAGGAGUAAACAAGGCCCCAACGGUGUCCGCAUUGUACAGGAUGUCAAGCCACCCCAAACCCACGUGUAUGGGGAUCCCUUGCGAAUACAGCAGAUUCUGUGCAACUUACUCGGCAACAGCCUGAAGUUCACCGAUACAGGGUCCAUCACGAUAGGAUGCAGGGCAGACAAUGAAACCGAGGAUUCUGUUUGUCUUUCUUUUUGGGUGACAGACACGGGCAUUGGCAUCCCAGCGCGACUCGUACAGCACUUGUUCAAGCCGUUCACCCAAGCUGAUGCCAGCACCGCACGCCGCUUCGGAGGCAGUGGUUUGGGCCUCAGUAUUUGCAAAUCUCUUGUAGAUCUGAUGGGAGGCAAUAUCGAACUCAAGAGCGUCGACAAAGUCGGCACGAAUGUGUCUUUCUCGAUCAUCGUGCAGAAGGUUAAUCCCGGCUGCUCAGGGACUAGUACUCCAAAAACGCUCGUGCUCCCUGACAACUCAAUAAGCUCGCUCAACAAAGCAGCUCCGGAUUGCAAUGGCCUUUCCCAAAUCCCCAUCUCCAACCUUCGCGUCUGCAUCGCGGAAGACAAUUUCAUCAACCAGAAAAUCACGUUGCAGUUCCUCAAAAAGCUAGGAUUUACCCUAGUAGAUGCCUAUAAUAACGGCCUUGAAGCGGUGGAGGGCAUCCAAAAAAAGGCUAGUGAGGAGCAACCGUAUCACAUGAUCCUGAUGGAUGUCCAGAUGCCUGUCAUGGACGGUUAUGUUGCCACACGUCGUCUGCGCAGUGAUACGGUGGAUGCUGUGAGGCGUAUCUUGAUUAUUGCCCUUACAGCCUCGGCGAUCCAGGGCGACCGGGAGAAAUGUCUGGAUUCAGGAAUGAACGAUUACCUGUCGAAACCGGUUCUUUUGGCUGCUCUGAAGGCAAAGUUGGAUCAAUACUUCCAGAUCAACUGA